ACUCCUACCGUACAAUUUCUGUUUACAUCGAGCCCUACCAAAUACACUCUGUCAUCUACGGUAUUUUACAGUUUCAAUUUGGUAGUCGUGCAUAUCGGAGUAACGUUGUGUACGUUUAAAGUUUUUUCUUUCAAUUUCAGUGGAAUUAAAAUUAAAACAGAACGGUCACGAACAAGGUCAAAAUAAUUAAAUUAAUUCUUCUUCAAAAGUUUGGUGCACUUCGAUCUUAAUGUUUUUGUGAACGGAUAAGAUAGUUUGCAGUUUAAAAAGAGUUCAUAUGUUUGGAUUUAUUACUUGUUAGAUAUCGGAUUAUACCAAACUGAAACAAGAUUCGAGCGUGGGAUAGGUGGGCGGCAAACGACUAAGAAAAGUUCUGAUUCGUCCAACUUUCAACGUCAUCGAUAUUAAUAGGAAGUGCAAUUGGACGUCAUUUAUUGGACAAUAAUUUUUCGGAAAAAGUGGUUAUCGGAAAUAUUUCUGCGAGGAUAAAAGCAAAACUGUGAAGCGGAUAAUUUUUGCGGGAUAUAUCGAAGAAAGCCUUUAUGGAUUAUUGAUUGGAGAUUUAUGUAUAUAAAAUGAUUGUCGAGAGAUAGUGUAUUACCACUUCGGUGAACGCUUCUACCAGCGCACAUCUCUGUAAACCAGAAGUUAUUUGUUUUGGAUAAGCCUAAGCCAUGUUCAUACCAAUAUUAUUUCAAGACGCAAGGCGAAACUGGUAAAGCAAACGUUUGGUUACACCGUUUUUUUUCUGUGUUUUUUUUUACACUUCAGUCAAUAAUAAAUUCCUUUCUAACUAUUAUUCAAUGUAAGGAUGUGAAUGUUGUAAACAUUGAAUAAUAUCGUGACACAAACACUGAUAUCAACGGAUAAUAUUAAUAUCCUGUUCACGCUUAGUAAUUAUCUAACCGUACGUAUGAGUUUUGGUUAUUAAGAAUUCGCGAAGGGACACUGGAGUAACAAAAAAACGCAAUCACGGAUUCUGUGAGGCAACAAUGCGUUGCGCGCGCAUAACUCUGGAUACUUUUGGUAAUGGAGACGAUCACUACGCCGCCACUGAGCGUCACGGGACUCGAACCUGAUCUGGAGUGCUAUUUCCGGGGGUCCUUGUUCGCACAUCACCACGUGAUUUUGCACGUGACGCCUUCCGAGCACGUGUCUCGUGAAAUGCGAGCGUUAUCCAUUCAACAAUCUGUCAGACAAAUCAGGAAAUUCAUCAUAUCCAUAUUGUAUCUCGUGUUAAUCACCAGUCCCGUGUCCGCUUUCCCUAGCCAGAAAAUGGACAAACCUAAAACUAUUAUAAUACAAGACCUUAACAACAUCACUGUUCGAACAACCGGCUGCAAACCGUUGACGCUCGAGCAAAAAAAAACGCUAAUGGGGUCGGCGUUUGAUGAUUCGAUGAUGCGAAUCGACGACGUCGCUGAUAGCGAUAUUAUUCAAAAUGACGCUGCGAAAAGUGCUAAUUCUGUGAUAAAAAGGAAAAACGAGGGCCGCGAUUCUAAUGAAGAAUUUUUAGAAAAUCUGCAAGACGAAUCACAAAUUGACGGUAUUGACGGCAGCAAAAAGGGCAGUGGUGAUACCAUAAGUGUUCAAAAAUUCAUGCGACGGAAACGCACGGUCAUUUAUAUUAGUGAUAUUGAGGAUAGUGAUGUUAACGAAGACAAAGAUGAGGUAGAACUUGAAAAUACAAACACUCUAUCUGACACGAGAUUCUUAUACCAAAACAUGCUCUUUGAAACCACUUCGAAGCGGCGGACUCGAGAACGACGGGCUGCAUCGGGAAACGACGCAUUCCAUCCAGCGUGGGAAUGCGAAAAGAAAUCUGGAUGGAAAACGAUGCAAGAGGGCAUUUUUCCCAAAAAAGUAUGGGACAGUGUUUGUACACAAAAGUCGUGCUUUUUUGGUCUAUAUAGGUGUAAGCCAGUAAAGUAUACAAUUCACCUUUUAAAAAGGGACUCCGCUGACGCAUGUAAUCCGCUUCCGAUGGUUGGGGAUUCAACUGCAUAUGAGGAGAAAUGGGAAAUGAUGGAAUAUUCGGCAACGGUGGCCUGCGAAUGUGGCCUAAAGGGAUCAAAGGGCUCUUCUGGGGGAAAGAACAGAAAAGACAGACAGAGGAAGAAAGGGCGCAAUGAGUGAUUCAUCGCCCAACGUAUUUAAUCCAAGUGCUGCAUCGGUUCGUAGAACAAAUUAAAUGCCGUGUUAGUAAAAACACGUAUUGGUUUGCACUUACUGUUUUGGUCAGUGAAUUGGUGUUGAUGUAUGUCUAAACUUGAAUGAUAACGAAUACCAGUACAUUUUAAGAACAAGUGUUAAAUAUAACUUGCAACAACGGCCUCGAGGUGGAAACGAUUAUCAUAAGCUAACGUUUAAAUGCAUCGUAACUUGCCGUUUCGAUUUAUUUUGUUUAUAAACCAGAUGGCCAAGUCAAUGCCAACACGGGUCUAGCGAGGUAUACUAUAAGCGAAUCACUUUACACCCUGGCAGAGCUUUGAUUAUGAAAAAGAUGAACUGCUAAUCAAUGCGUAUUGUCUUAUUUAUUCACACGAACUUGACAAAUAUUGUGUUUCAUAUAUUGUUGUAAUGACUUACUGACCUAUAUUUAUGAACUGUGACACAUUCCCGAGAUAGGAAAAAGAACACAUUCCACAUGGCAUUGUCAUGGUUAUUGUUUAUCGUGACAGUGUUCACAUUGUACACCCCUAGCUGGCCAGUAGGACUCCGACUUUACAUGUAUGUUCUAUCAUUUAACGUGUAUUUCAUGCGAAAUAUGAUAUUUAUGUUAUGAGUUAAUGUUCCGAUGAUGUCAAACUAUAGUCUUUGCAGAAAGUGUUGAGAUUGUCUGAUGUUAUGACAAUAAGAUUACUUAUUUAUUGUAUUAUAUUAAGUAUAAUGCAUAUAAAAUAAAUGAAAAU